CUGCAGCGUUGUGCCCGCCCUGCGCUUUCCUCUUCCGGAGCAGAGGGCCGGGCUGGCCGCGGCCGUGCGGCGGUUUUAAACUUAGGAAUUUUAAUUAAAGAAUGAACUUUAUCUUUUGUGAAGCACAGCUGUUUUCAUUUAUCAGUUAAUACAAUGCAUUACAUGUGUGCAUAGUUUUGAACACAACUUCAGCCUACUUGAAGCAGUGGCAAUUACUGGUGAACCAUGUCUUUCCAUUCUGGACGAGGAUGUCCCCGUGGGCAGGGGGGACCAGGAGCAAGAACAUCAGCACAGACUUAUCGUCCUCAGAACCUGCGGCAGCUUCACCCCCAGCAGCCCUCUGUACAGUACCAGUAUGACCAGCAAGCCGCACCUCCAGCUACCUAUUCAAACCCUUCAGCCACCAGUUACAUGCCUCCCAGGCCAGACUUUGUUCCAUAUCCCCCACCGGUUCCCCCUUCCACACAAAAUCCCAUCAACCAGUGUCCCAUGAGGCCACCAUUUCCAAACCAUCAGAUGAGGCAGAGCUUCCCAGUGCCUCCAUGCUUCCCUCCUGCUCCUCCACCAGUGCCAGCCCCUAGCAAUGCUCCUGUGCCAGCAACUCCUACCGGACAGAGCACUUUUCCGUACAUGAUGCCUCCUCCUGCAGUACCCCAUCCUCCCCCACCACCAGUCAUACCACAGCAAGUCAACUACCAGCCUGUGUAUUCCACAGGGUAUUCCCAACAGUCAUUCCCACCACCUAACUUCAAUAGCUAUCAGCACAACUCUGGCUCCUUCCAGAGCAGCACUACCAAUAGCAGCAGCAGCAGCAGCCAUUUUCGUCAGUACCAGGGAGAAAAAUCACAAAGUGAUCGACGAUCUCCAGAGAGGAGCAAGCACUAUGAUGAGCACCGGCAUCGUGAGCACAGUCACAUCCACGGUGACAGGCAUCGGUCCAAUAACCACGGGGAUCGUCGGGAUCGAGGCCGCAGUCCGGAUAGGAGGAGGCAGGAAAGCAGUCGGCACCGGACAGAGUAUGACAGAGGAAGAAUGUCACCUCAUCAUAGAAGUUAUGAGCGUAGCAGGGAGCGCGAGAGGGACAGGCAUAGGCACCGUGACAGCAGAAGAUCACCAUCACCAGACAGGUCCUACAAAAAAGAUUAUAAAAGAACAGGAAGCCGCUCUCCAAGCAGAGAAAGGAAGAGACCUCGUUGGGAGGAAGAAAGAGAAAGGUGGUCUGAGAGCCAGAGUGGCAACAAAGAAAAAAAUUACACUAGUAUCAAGGACAAAGAGUCAGAGGAGAAUGCAUCUGAAAAAAAUGAAGAUGAAGAUGAUGAAUUACUUAAACCAGUCUGGGUUCGCUGUACCCAUUCUGAAAGCUAUUAUUCAAAUGACCCUAUGGAUCAAGUGGGGGACUCUACUGUGGUAGGCACAAGCAAGCUCCGAGAUCUGUAUGAAAAGUUUGAGGAGGAGCUAGGAAAACGACAGGCGAAAGCCAAAGCAGCCAGGCCGCCAUGGGAGCCACCGAAGACCAAGCUGGAUGAAGAUCUUGAGAGCUCCAGUGAAUCAGAAUGCGACUCUGAUGAUGACAGCAGCUGUGCUAGCAGUUCGGAUUCAGAAGUUUUUGAUGUCAUUGCAGAAAUUAAGCGUAAAAAAGCACACCCUGAUCGUCUUCACGAGGAACUGUGGUACAAUGAUCCAGGACAGAUGAAUGAUGGACCGCUGUGCAAGUGCAGCGCUAAAGCUCGACGAACAGGGAUAAGACACGGCAUUUAUCCUGGUGAGGAGCCCAUUAAACCAUGUCGCCCCAUGACCAACAAUGCUGGAAGACUGUACCACUAUCGAAUUACGGUGUCACCUCCCACAAACUUCUUAACAGACAGACCUACUGUUAUUGAGUAUGAUGACCAUGAAUAUAUCUUUGAAGGAUUCUCCAUGUUUUCACAUGCCCCACUAACAAACAUUCCUCUAUGUAAAGUAAUCAGAUUUAACAUUGACUAUACAAUUCAUUUCAUUGAAGAGAUGAUGCCUGAGAAUUUUUGUGUGAAAGGUCUUGAGCUGUUCUCUUCUUACCUAUUCAAAGAUAUUCUGGAACUGUACGACUGGAAUCUUAAAGGUCCUUCACUUGAAAAUGAUUCUGUUUCCUGCCCCAGAUUUCACUUCAUGCCACGAUUCGUGAGAUUUCUUCCAGAUGGAGGGAAGGAAGUAUUGUCGAUGCAUCAGAUUCUUCUCUACUUGUUACGAUGCAAUAAAGCUUUGGUGCCUGAAGAAGAGAUUGCCAACAUGCUUCAGUGGGAAGAGCUGGAAUGGCAGAAAUAUGCAGAGGAAUGCAAAGGGAUGAUCGUUACCAGCCCUGGCAUGAAACCCAGCUCAGUUCGUAUUGAUCAACUGGACCGUGAACAAUUCAAUCCUGAUGUAAUUACUUUCCCCAUUAUUGUCCACUUUGGGAUACGACCUGCUCAACUCAGCUAUGCUGGAGAUCCUCAAUACCAAAAACUGUGGAAGAGUUAUGUGAAACUGCGUCACCUGCUAGCUAACAGUCCCAAAGUCAAACAAGCUGAUAAACAGAAAUUAUCACAGAGAGAGGAAGCACUGCAGAAAAUCCGGCAGAAGAACACAAUGAGACGUGAAGUGACUGUCGAGUUGAGUAGCCAGGGAUUCUGGAAAACAGGGAUACGCUCUGAUGUCUGCCAGCACGCAAUGAUGCUUCCUGUCCUCACCCACCAUAUUCGCUACCAUCAGUGUCUGAUGCAUUUGGACAAGUUGAUAGGCUACACUUUUCGAGAUAGGUGCUUGCUGCAGCUUGCCAUGACUCAUCCAAGUCAUCACUUAAACUUUGGAAUGAAUCCAGACCAUGCUAGAAAUUCCUUAUCCAACUGUGGGAUUCGACAGCCAAAGUAUGGAGACAGAAAAGUUCACCAUAUGCAUAUGAGAAAAAAAGGAAUAAACACCCUGAUAAAUAUUAUGUCCCGUUUGGGACAGGAUGAUCCAGCUCCUUCCAGGAUUAACCACAAUGAGCGUUUAGAAUUUCUGGGAGAUGCUGUGGUGGAGUUCUUAACAAGUGUCCACUUGUACUACCUGUUUCCCACUCUGGAGGAAGGAGGAUUAGCUACGUACCGCACUGCCAUAGUUCAGAACCAACAUCUGGCCAUGUUGGCUAAGAAGCUGGAACUGGAUCGAUUUAUGCUUUAUGCUCAUGGUCCAGACCUUUGCAGGGAAUCGGAUCUCCGCCAUGCCAUGGCCAACUGCUUUGAAGCCCUAAUAGGAGCAGUUUAUCUGGAGGGUAGUCUUGAAGAAGCCAAACAAUUAUUUGGACGUUUGCUCUUCAAUGACAAGGACCUGCGGGAUGUAUGGCUUAAUUAUCCACUACACCCACUCCAACUGCAGGAGUCUAAUACUGACAGGCAACUCAUUGAGACCUCACCAGUUCUUCAAAAGCUUACAGAGUUUGAGGAGGCAAUUGGAGUCAUCUUUACUCAUGUUCGACUUCUAGCUCGUGCGUUCACUCUGAGGACAGUAGGCUUUAACCACCUGACUCUAGGCCACAAUCAGAGGAUGGAAUUCCUGGGUGACUCCAUAAUGCAGUUGGUAGCCACAGAGUAUUUAUUCAUACAUUUCCCCGAUCAUCAUGAAGGGCACUUAACGUUGUUGAGAAGCUCUUUGGUGAACAACAGGACGCAGGCCAAAGUGGCAGAAGAGCUGGGAAUGCAAGAGUUUGCCAUCACUAAUGACAAGACAAAAAGACCCGUAGCUCUUCGAACUAAAACUCUGGCUGAUCUCUUGGAAUCCUUUAUUGCUGCCCUAUACAUUGAUAAAGAUUUGGAAUAUGUUCAUACUUUCAUGAAUGUAUGUUUUUUUCCACGACUAAAGGAAUUCAUUUUAAAUCAAGAUUGGAAUGACCCUAAAUCUCAGCUUCAGCAGUGCUGCUUGACUCUCAGGACAGAAGGAAAGGAACCAGACAUUCCUCUUUACAAGACUCUACAGACAGUGGGACCAUCUCAUGCCAGGACAUACACAGUAGCUGUUUAUUUCAAAGGGGAAAGAAUAGGAUGUGGUAAAGGCCCAAGUAUUCAACAAGCAGAAAUGGGAGCUGCAAUGGAUGCACUUGAAAAAUAUAACUUUCCCCAGAUGGCCCAUCAGAAACGGUUCAUUGAACGGAAAUACAGACAAGAGUUGAAAGAAAUGAGGUGGGAAAGAGAGCAUCAAGAGAGAGAGACAGAUGAGACUGAAGAAGCAAGGAAAUAAAAGGAGGGCACGGAAGCAGUGGCAUAUUUACUUACCUAAUAACUCUGACUGUGGCCUAUGGAGACCUAACCUAGUUUUUUGCAGAUGAUGAAUGAGGAACGCCUGUUGAUAUCAAAUAGAAAAUCAUAAUCUCUACUUUGAAGUGUGUAUAUAGUGUUUCGUUUGUUUGGUUUUAAGUAUCAGGUGGUGGUUUUUUUUUUUUCUUCUGAUAAGAUUUGUUUUUAAAUUUUAAUUUUUAUGAAAAGUCAUGGGAUUAUUUUUAUUCUUUUUGCUAUCUUGUAUGAAAUAAUAAAGUAUUAAUUUCAAAAGUCUUCAGGAGAAGAAGCUGUUUAGCAAGUCUCCUGUGUUGCAUUGUUGUGUCAAUUAUUGCAUGAACUUAAUUGUGGAGGAAGGAAAAGUGAUGACAUACAGCAUCAGCAGAGAAAUUAAGUAUGUACCCAACUCCACUUUUGAAGCUAAAUGUAAAUUUAGACUCUUCUAAAUCACAACCAUAAACUUUUGGUUCUUUCACGUAGACUGGUACGGUAAUCUAGGCCAAAGAGAUGUUUAAAACAAAAGCAAACAUUUUGAACUAUCCAUUCCACACCUGCACAGUGGCAUAGAUGUGUGGAAGGUGUUCUUUUAAGUCAAUAUUGUAAAAGU